AGGUCUCGUGCAAGUGCACUUACGUCUCCGCGUACGCGGGCGACACAGAUUAUGUAAACCUGCCCUCGUCUCUCUGUUCUCGUCUCCCUCGUCCCCCUACUUCGUCGCUGCUCUGCGCUGCUCUCUCUAGGCGCCCCCCCUCCCUAGCUCGCCAUGGCCGGCCGCGUGCUCGCAGGGGGCCGCGUGCUCGCAGGGGGCCGCCAGCUCGUCCGGAGCCUCCCGGGGCCCCGCGGCCUCACGGGGCUGGCCGGGGCCACCCUCAAAAGCAGCUACGACGCCGUGGUGAUUGGAGCAGGACACAACGGUCUAGUUGCUGCCUCCUACCUGCAGCAAGCCGGGUUUGACACCGCCGUGGUGGAACGCCGGCACGUGGUCGGUGGAGCGGCCAUCACCGAGGAGAUCGUCCCAGGGUUCAAGUUCUCCCGCGCCUCCUACGUGCUCAGUUUGCUGAGGCCGCAGAUUUACAAAGACCUCGAGCUGAAGAAGUUCGGGUUGAAGCUCUACCCCCGCGACCCGUACUCCUUCAACCCCCUCCCGUCGGACGGCAGCGUGAGCCGCCCGCCACCGUCGCUGCUGCUGGGGAUGGACAUGGAGGAGAACCAGCGGAGCAUCGCCAGGUUCUCCGCGAGGGACGCCAAAGCGUACGCAGAGUACGUGCAGCUCAUGGAGAAGCUGGCCUGGGCCGUGGAGCCUCUGAUCGACGCUCCGCCGCCCGACGUCCCCGGGUUCCACGGUGGCCCCCUCGGCUCGCGCCUGCGCGCCGCAAAGUCCUUCCUGCCCGCCCUGAGCUGCGUGCGCCGGCUGGGGAAGGAUCUUCCCAAGUUUUACGAGCUCCUCACGGCCCCCACCACCAAGAUUUUGGACCGGUGGUUUGAGUCGGAGCCUCUGAAGGCCACUCUUGCCACGGACUCUGUGAUUGGAGCCAUGGUCAGCCCCAGGACUCCGGGCAGUGGGUACGUGUUGCUGCACCACGUGAUGGGCGAGCUGGAGGGCGUCAAGGGCAUGUGGGCCUACGUGGAGGGUGGCAUGGGCGCAGUAUCCACCUGCAUGGCCAAGUGCGCCAUCUCUCGCGGAGCGUCCAUCUUCACUGAGGCGGAGGUGCAGCAGGUGCUCGUGGACGGCACGGGCCGCUCCACCGGGGUGGUGCUGUGCGAUGGCACAGAGGUGCGCAGCAAGGUGGUGCUGUCCAACGCCACGCCGCACGUCACCUUCACGCAGCUCACGCCGCAGGAUGCCCUGCCGGCUGACUUCCUCCGAGAGGUUUCUCAGAUUGACUACACAUCUCCUGUCACCAAAAUCAACGUCGCCGUGGACCGUCUCCCCAACUUCCUGGCGGCGCCGACGGAGCGAGCGGGGCAGGCGAUGGCGCACCACCGCUGCUCCAUCCACCUCAACACGUGGGACAUGGCCUGCCUGGACCGCGGCUACCACGAGGCUCUGCAGGGGGCCCCGUCCACGCGACCCAUGAUGGAGCUGUGCAUCCCGUCGGCACUGGACCCAACGCUGGCGCCUCCGGGAAGCCAUGUGGUGUCACUCUUCACGCAGUACACGCCGUACCUACUCGCCGGGGGACGCGCCUGGACGCAGGCCGACAAGGAGGCCUACGGCGAUCGAGUGUUCGACUGCAUCGAGGAGUACGCUCCGGGGUUCAAGUCGUCCGUGAUUGGCCGGGAGAUCUUGACCCCCGCCGACCUGGAGAGGGAGUUUGGUCUCACCGGAGGGAACAUAUUCCACGGCGCCAUGUCCCUGGACCAGCUGUACUUCGCCCGCCCCGUAUCGUCCCACGUGAGCUACAGGUCGCCGGUCCGAGGACUCUACCUGUGCGGGAGCGGCGCGCACCCAGGGGGGGGCGUGAUGGGAUCGGCCGGCCGUAACGGUGCCCUCGUCGCAGUCGCCGAUUGCAAGCGGAAGUGAAGCGGUCGCGCUCAUCCCUCCGCUCAUCGGGCGGCGGUGGCCGCGUUGGCCGACGGCAAAUGAACGGCACGCGCAGGUAUAGAAUACGUGUGUGCCGCCGUGCGUGCCGCCGUGCGUGCCGCCGUGCGUGCCGCCGUGCGUGCCGCCGUGCGUGCGUGCGUGCCUCGCACGAGCGUCUGUGAAAGGACGGUUUCAUCACAAGGUGUCGAUUUUAAAUGGAUUUUAUAGGAUUCGGGGUCUCCGGCAUGUCCAUUGCUCGUUGAUUUGUGUUGUUCGUUGAACGUCCGUCCGGCGGGCUCGUUAGCGUGCGGCGCUUGGCGAGAAACAAACUCGACGUUCGGAUUGCUGAUUAAAAAUAAAACGUCACUUGUUAUCAGUAAUAAUGAAUCUCCACACGUUUUGCGUGUUCUUAUAUGCACAGAUAAAGUAAACGCAUGUCUUUUGUGAAACCGAGCGCAGAAUCUUAGUUAACUGUUUUUUUUUUCAGUUAAAUUAUUUUUAACUUUGACGGAGCCAGUUAUAUUCUCACGAAGUCAAAAUCGCGUCCACACUCGCAUUGGCCGCACCGAGGAAUGUUUUGUCCCUCAGCCGAAACGGCCCCCCCUAAUCCAACGCCCCCCCCCUACUCCAACGACCCCCUCCUACUCCAACGACCCCCCCCCUAAUCCAACGAACCCCCCCCUACUCCAACGCCCCCCCCCCCACUCCAACGACCCC